AUGGCGACCUUGGUUCUCGUCCCUGUUGAAUCCUCGACCAUCACACCCGCCGCUGAUCGUGAGCCUGACAAAAAGUGGAAGAGUGGCCUCAAAGUUGAUAUCGAGAACAACUUGUGUUCCAUGGUCAACGAGGUCAAGCAGACUCUUAACGAUACGAAUACCCUAACCAGUACUGUCGAGCGCGAGCGGUUAUCCCAGGAACACAUUACUCCGAUGAAGAGCAUUCGUAAUAUCGCCGAGGAGCAGUUCCCUGUUGUACUUCGACAUGAAAGCCAG